AUCUGGGGUCCGGGGAAGAAAGGCGCACGGCAGGGCUGAGCCGGCACUCCCAGGGCGUCUCCCUUCCUGCCCCGCCCCUUGUGGACCCUCCCACUCCAUCCCCUUCUCUCUGGGCUCCGCUGCCCCUUCCUCCAUCUAGACCCAGCAGGGGACAGGCGAGGCGGAUGGGGUCCUCUCCCAUCAUACAUGUGAGACCUCCCAGACACAGCCUGAUCCACACAAGAACAUCCGGACACACACACACACACACAGACAUACACAAAACCACACACAUUUCCCAGAAGGGCACAAGUCCUCUGCCCAAAAUAUGAAGGCCCACCGUUCCACCUCCAGCCCUUCACACACAGACAAAGGGGCCUGAGUCCAGUGCGGGGCGGACUCGGGCAGCCCAGCCCCUGGGGCUCCAGUAGGGUGAGUGUUUGCUGACCGUAGUCGUGGGGUUCUGGAGUCCAGCAAAGGUCCCAGCACUGCGGGAAAGGGGCCGCGAAGCCUCACCCACAGCCCCUCCCGGGCCUCCACCUCUGGGUACAGCCUGAAGUCAACUCAGGGUCUCAGCAUUUUCUCAGUGAUUGGAGAACCAGGCAGGAAAGGGAUUUCCUGAAACUCCUUGUGGAUCAGAAAGUUCUAGAUGGUUGCAGAACUGAGCGCUGCUAGGGCUGCGUGCUGGGCUUGGGCAAAGGGGCAGAAGCCCGAGGGGCAGGAGCCGGGAAAGCACAGUGCGGCGAGGCCAGGCCUAAGCGGGUGCUCGAGCACCGACCGGACGCCCUCCUCCCUUGGCAGGGCUGACGAUGCAGCCGCCAGCGGCGAAGCAGGGACGCAGGGGCCCGCGGGAGCCCGCGGGAAAGGGCGCACAGGGCGCGGGGGAGCGCGCCAAAAGGGCGCCCGCGGAGCAGCUCCCGAAGCCAGGCUGGGCCCUCACAACGGAGAGGCUGGCAGCCAUGAGCCCCGCGCAACGCCACCGCCACCUGCUCUUUGGCAACCUGCUUGAGGACGCGGGCGCAGCCGCCUCCAUCUUCCCACGCGAGUCAGUGGAGCUGGAGUUUCGCGUGCCCGACCCGCGCGUGUGGGCGCAGUCGUGGGAGCUGCCCGCGGAGCGCCGGGACGGACUUCUUGGUGUCCUCAAGGCCGCCGAGGCCCGCGGGCGGGUCCGCGCCUUGCGGCUGCGCUACAGCCGCCUGCGGGCGGAGGAAAUCUCGCUCCUCAUCCAGCGGCAGAAGUCCGCGCGCGCUGCCAUCCGCCUGGAGCUGUUCUUGCCGCCGCAGCUGAAACCCACGCGGAUCCCGGACCCCCUGGACCGCCAAGAGGUGACUACAAGCCCAGGAAGGGGCGGAGAGGGGGCCCUGCCUGCCUCCCGCACACCUGGCUCCAGCCCUUCUCCCCGGCAGCGGAGGCGUGUGGAGACAAUCCUGGAGGAGAAAGUCGACGGCGGCAUUUUCCCACGUUGAUGGAGAUCCCAUAGUGCGUCCGCACUGCGCCCCACCGGCCCACAUAAAGUUCUCAUUCUCCCAA